AUGAUAAGAAUUCCCGCCUGUCAUCCUCCCAUCGAGGGGUUUGGCACCAGCUACGGAUACGUGCCGUCCAAAUCGGCCGGCAUCGCCUACCUCGUUCUCUUCGGCCUUUCCAUGUUUGCACACUGCUUUCAAACCGUCAUGACCCGCUCCUGGUGGACCCUUGUCUUCGCCGUAGGCGCCUUGACGGAGGUGAUAGGAUGGGGAGGACGAUACUGGUCUUCAGAGUGUCCGUACAGCGGCGAUGCUUUCCUCAUGCAAAUCACGACCCUCAUCAUCGCACCCACAUUCUUCACCGCAGGGAUCUACGUUAUCCUGGGCCGACUCAUCAACGCCAUGGGGCGAGAUUCGAGCCCCAUCUCCGAGAAGAUGUACCUGAUCAUCUUCUGCACGUGCGACGUGGUAUCGCUCGUGGUGCAAGCGGUCGGGGGCGGGAUGGCGUCGGUAGCGUCGCAGGCGACGCCGCCCGAGGACACCAAGCCGGGGACGAACAUCAUGGUCGCGGGCAUCGUGUUCCAGAUGGCCUCGAUCACGCUGUUCUGCUUCUUCUUCGGACUGUUCCUCUGGCGGGUGCGGCACCGCUCCCUCUCGGGCCGGGUCAAGACACUUGUCGCGGCGACCACGCUGUCCAUUGUCGUCAUCUAUAUCAGGAGCAUAUAUCGCACGAUUGAGCUGUCGCAGGGCUGGUCCGGGUACCUGAUCACGCACGAGGAGUUCUUCAUUGCGCUCGACGGCGCCAUGAUGGUCAUUGCGGUCGCGGCCUUCAACUUUGUCCACCCCGCGACGUUUUUGCCCGUGCCGACGCGCGACCUCGGCAGCUACGAGGUGGCGGAGUCGGAGGCCAAGCCGUAG